GUUAUCGUCAUCCAGCUUCCCCCUUUGUCCCCUUUGCUCGCCAUCCUACGCUUAUCAUUACAGUGAGGACCCCUCCAAUGCUUAUCAUCUUUCUUCCUCUCUUCUUGUUUUGCUCCCAAAUCCAAUGCCUUUCGAGACUUUCUAAACUACUGUAAUGGCAUCAGCAUCUUCUCCUUCCUCCUCGGGAUUCUUCUCGAUCUGCCUGCUGCACGCGGUGGCGGCGACGACGUGCGGGGCGCUGAUGAUGUUCUACCAGAACGAGGCCAUGGUGGUGGGGCACGGGCGGGAAACGGCGGCGCGGCUGCUGCAGGGGUCGACCCCCCGCGACCAGCUGCUGAUCCAGACCUCCGACUCCUUCGCCGGGCUGUUGCUCUUCGCCAUCGGCCUCCUGCUCUUCAUGGUGGCCUUCGUGGAGGACCGCGACUUCCAGGCCUUCUUCGCCAAGGGCUGCGCCCUGCUCCAUGCCGCCGUUGCCCUCUGGCGCGUCUGCUUCGAGCGCCGCGUCGACUGCCUCGCCCGCGACUGGCCUCGCCAGCUCGUAGGUGACCUCGUCCUUGGCCUUUCCUGGCUUCUCUUCCUCGUCUACUGCUGGAGCGACAAGUACGACUGAGUCCUCCCUUUCAGGUGGAAUCCUCUCUCUGUUUCCUCCUUCCCUUGCAACCGACAAAUUGUAUCGGUUUCCAUCCCUUUUCGAUGAAGUGUCGGCCGGUACUCGUUUGAUCUCUGAUUGCUCUGUGCUUUGUGUGUAAAAUGACUCUGAAUAGAGCAAAAUUGUAAAUUCUAUGAACUCUCAUCACCCUUGUCUUUGAUCGUGGUUGAUGAUGUUACUUAAUGAAAAUGAAUAAAUCUUAUCUUCA